AUGCACGAACACCUCAAUGAUUAUAAUAAAAUACUUGUUGAUUUAGCAAACCUUCAUGUGAAAAUUCCUGAUGAGGAUAAGACACUAUAUUGGUUAAAUUCACUACUUGAUGAUUAUGAUCAUGUGACAACUACUUUGUUGUAUGGAAAAUUCGAAGGGAAACUUGAUGAGGUGUCUGCGGCAUUGGUGAAUCAUGAAUGUCGUAAGAAGGAAUUGAAGACUCAAAAUUCACAAAUCAAGGCACUUGUUGCAAGGGAUCAAACAGAGGAAAGAAAAUCUAGGAAGUAG